AUGUCUUCAACCCGUCCCGUGGUGCCCACCGCACGUGGGCUAGAACUACAGAGCUUGAUUCCUCGCACGCUGUCCGCGCGGGCGUCAACCUCGUCGCUGUUCACACCUCUUCCUGGGGCUGGUUUAGCCGACACGCCUCGCUCUCGGUCUCCGCCUUCGUCGCAGCAGCAGCAACAACAGCCACAACAGGACCGGCAGAAUCAUCCCACGGCCUACCCGCUUAGAGUCCCGAAUCGCCACGGAAGGUCGGACGGCGGUCGAGCUAGUAUACGCCGUUUGGCCGGGGGCGGUAGAGAUGCAUGGAGGACAGCACCGGUGGCGUACAGCGCGGUCGUGAGGGGGACGGGGCGGGAUACCACGGCGCUGAGGGCAGUGUCGGCACGACUUGACGCGGCCUCAACCGCAAUAGAUGCCGUAGAGAUAGGUGUGAGAUCGGCAUCGGAUAGCCUGGAUUCUCUCCUACAGCUGUUGGAAUCCCGGCAUGGACCAGCGGUGUCGCAAACGUCGCUUUCAUCGACCAGUGCUGAGGUGGAUGCGUUCGAGAAUGGAUCUGCUGACCCUGGUCCUUCUUCCCGAGGAAUAGGAGAAGGAGGGCGAGCAGCAGCAUCAUCUGACUCGCAAGCAUCCGCUGGUGCAAUGUCUAUGCGUUCACCGAGGAGUUCAGUUUCACCGCCGGCUGUGUCUCUUCCUACUUCUUCUGGGUUGAUGGUAGGGGCUUCGUCAAGUGAAUCACCACGGGACGAGUUCAAUGUUUCAACCCCACCGCCGCAGCCGAUGGGACCUCCACGGUACGCCAACAGAGACGGUGCACCCAUCGUUGCCCGUGUGCCAGAAGGUGGUGGAGGGUCGCGUGCGGCCAUUAUGCUGAGAAGGGAACAACAAGCAGGUUUGACUGCAUUCAGCAACCCAGAGGCUGGGGAACAUCUUUGUCGGUCGCCUGCUGUCCUGCCGAGGCAAGAUGGUGGAGCACAAGAAGGUUCUGUCGCCACUGGAGACACUUCAAUUGACGAGACGAACGAAGAGCAUAGCACGCGGACGAGGUCAGGUCAACAUUUGACCUCUGCACUUGCGCUACCGCGCCCGGUGUCCUCGCCAGCAGUACAGGAACUUGUUGAGGAGGUCAAUAGUAGUAGGAGGACGGCGGAGCGAGAAACAAGCGAAAGCCAUGGUGUCGGAAUGGCGGGAUCGGCUACCGCGGGACAACACCUUCCCGCAGACAUCGGCAUUGGUGGGACCAUGGAAGCAGCACCUACUGACCUCGCUGCCUUGAGAAUGCUCGGCAGUGAUAGGACUACGUCUCUGAACAGUGUGCCGCGCUCGGUUCGAGAAGCUGGAAGCAGACGGGCGUCUCCGCGCGGGAUGGAAGGAACGGGCAGCGGUGCCGCCUCGUCAACACGUGAGACAUACGCCGGCGAAACCUCCGGCCGCGGCAACGUGGCUCUCCCGGUCCGGGAGCUGAACGGCAUCGACACCGAGCGCGGGAGGCUGAUUUUGGAGAUCGCUCGCCUCCGUGGGCAACAGAAUCAAUCUCUAGUCCACCUCCAUCGCCUCCAACACGAGCAGUUUGUCGUGCGCCAGCGGCAGGUGUCCACCCUAUCCGACAUUGUCAACAGCUUUGGUCGAACCGUGGCGGCGGCGGCCGCGCUCCCUCACGGGGAGGACUCUUCUCUGGGGCGCAUCAGCAGCGACGUUGUGUCCACGCUGCGGCGGAUGCUCCGUCUCUUGUCUGCGACGGUCCCCGCUGCGACUGCCGCACAGUUAGCCCCGGGCAAUUCUCCCGUGCUGACGACGACGUCUUCCGUAUCCGAUGGCACCCCGCCCCCCGCGCCUAACACACCACGUCCCACCGCUGUACGAGAAGGACAGGUAGCCAGCGGCUCCGCCGGCACUUACUCCGUGGGAGGGCGGGUGGCGCUACGGCCCGCCGGAGUGGACCUCACGCAAGAGGUGAUCGAUGCCGCUCUCCAGGCGCUUCCCAGAUUGGCGGCCGCGGCGACAGCGAUAUCGGGUGCAAGCCGCAUGCAAGGAUACCUUGCGGACCUGGCCGGUGGUGGAACAAGCGAUACCGUGGGGCGUGGGAGCGACUACACUGGUCGUUGCUGCUCAAAAGAGACUAUUGCCGCGCUCCCGGAUGCCUCUCAACCCGUGGAGGGAGCUGUUGGAGAAGUUGACGGCGGUGAUGUUCGGGGGUGCGUGAUCUGCCUGUCAGAGAAUGACACGGCGGGGCAGCACCUCUGUCGCCUCCCCUGCAACCACGUCUUCCACAGGGUCUGUGUUGGGAAAUGGCUCUCGAUGCAGGAUUCGUGUCCGACCUGUAGGAGGCAAGUGCCGAACGUCGAAAUUGGCUCCACUCUCGCAACUACGGCGCCCCCCCAUGAAGUGGCGUGAACUUUUACGUUAGCGAUGUGUGUCUCUCUGUGAACGGUAUGCCCAAAGGACUGCAAGUUGAGGCGAUUUUGUUUUGGGCGUCUUCGCGGGCAUUGGCAUGUGUUAACCUGUCUGCGUGUGUAAUUGUACAUCCUUGUUUGCAUAUCUCAACUCAAGUGUGCUCGCGUCUGUGCUCGCGUCUGUGUUUGUACUUUACUGUGUACGUGCUUUGCUAUUCUGUAUGUUGUACCUGGUAGAAUUGGUGAGCUGUCCUGCAUAGCUUCCGUCGGAAUUACGACCUUUGUGUAGAUCAUGUGCAUGUGUGCAUAUGCAUACGCGUACCUGUUUCGGGUGUUCGACGCUCUCCCCACCCCAUGGAGGCCCACAUCCACCUGAUCUUUCAGUUCACUGGUGUUGACCGCGCUACUU